AUGUCCUGUCAGGCGGAGUGCGCAGGAACACAGGUGGACUCUGCAGAUGGGGAAGAGGUCGAAGCUCAGGGCUGCGCAGAUCCAGCCCACGGGUCCAUAGAGCCCGGCCCGAGCCUCACCUCCGUCAGCUUGGCCAAUGCAGAUCCAAAAGUGAAGUACCCAAAACCACAGACAUUUACCUUUCAUGACUGUGACCAAAAAGUAUUGGUGCUGAACAAAAGGACACUCAUAGCAGUUCACAAAAAACCCAACAUACACCCAGAGACCUUCUAUGUCUUAGCCGCUCGCACGAGCUCAGCGGAUGACAAGGAAAACCUCGUUUUCCUGGCAGUCUCAAAAGGAGAGCUCUGUCUUUGCUGUGAGAUGGAUAAGAAGAAAGGCCAACCGGUCCUCCAGCUGAAGGAGCAGAAGCUCAGCUGGCUGUCUAACUCAGUCACAAAAGAUGUGAAGGGCUUCACCUUCUACAGGAGGGAUAGGGGCUCCCGGCACGCACUGGAGUCUGCGGACCACAAGGGCUGGUUCAUCAGCACCCGCCAUGAGAAUGAAGCUGUCAGAAUGACAGACAAGCUUGGGGGAGAGGAGUUCACCGACUUUAAAUUUAUGGAAGUCAGCAACACUCCAACAAGCCCCAGGGAGGUCAGCGAGUAG